AUGACCACACCGUACCUCAGUGGCCUCGAUGGCUUCGCUUCUAGCAACCUCGAGAGUCCAAUUGACUCCCAUGGCGAAACCGUCUCCUCUCGACGCAACAACGCCUUGAGCACGAAGCUCACCAGUGUCCUGUCUACGUCGUACGUAGACCACGAAAUCCGCGAUGCUCUCCGCCUUCUCGACGUGCGCGGUGUUCACAACGAUGAGGAAACGAGGCGCAAUCUCAAGCUUAACGCACAGAGAGAGGUCAUAGACUGCAAUGCUAAGAUUGUGGACGACUUCGGCCAGAUCGCGGAGCAACUCCGCCGCGUGGGCUCGCUGCUUUCCACGCUGGACGCAACAUGUUCCUCGAUGCGUCAACACAUUAUCGCUGCGAAACAAGAAUCGGCGCCGGUCCUCGAGGAAGCACGCACGCUCAUCUCCCGUAAACAGGAGACGGAGACGAGACAGGUGCUUCUCGACGCCUUCAACGCGCACUUCCUCCUCUCCCCCGCCGAUGCCAAAAUUCUCACGAGUUCCGCCGAACCACUCGACGAUCGCUUCUUCACCGCCCUCACGCGCGCAAAGACAAUUUACCGAGACUGCGAAGUACUGCUGGGGUACGAUGGGGAAAAUCAACGCCUUGGGCUCGAGCUGAUGGAGCAGACAACGCGCACUCUCGACGCGGGGUUCAAGAAACUAUACAACUGGAUCCAACUCGAGUUCAAGACGCUCGACUUGGAGGAUCCGCACAUCAGCACGGCCAUCCGGCGUGCGUUGACGGUGCUCAGCGAGCGUCCAACGCUAUUUCACAACUGCCUCGAUUUCUUCGCCGAGGCAAGACAAAGUACACUGGCCGAGGCGUUCCAAGCGGCGCUCACGGGGACUGGGCCGGCGGCGCACAGAAAAGCAAUCGAGUUCUUGACGCACGAGCCGCUACGAUAUGUGGGAGACAUGCUUGCCUGGGUUCACUCCGCGGCCGUGUCGGAGAAUGAAGCACUAGAAGGCCUCUUUAUUGCGGAUGCAGAUGAAAUAUCGAGAGGUCUGGCAUCGAAAGCUGGCAGCGAGCCUUGGGCGCGAAUUGAUAGGGGCGCGAGAAACACGUCUAAUGAUGAUGACGAUGACGACGACGACGAUGACGAGCAAUUGGAGUCUGUCUUUGAUCCCCGUAAAGCGCUGGCUGACCUGGUUUCGAGGAACCUCGCCGUUGUGUGCGAGACGUUGCAGUCGAGGAUCGACCUGUCUGUCAGCAGCACAGGAGAUCCCGUGUUGACGUACAAGACGUUCAACCUCCUGGACUUUUACCGUGGGAUUUUUGAUAAACUGCUCGGUUCUGAGUCGGCGCUUUGCAAAGCCAUCCGCAACCUGCAGUCGUCGGCGCUGUCACAGUUCGAGGCGAUCAUGGCGGAAGAAACUGCCGCGGCGAUCGCCACCGAGAUCGAGCCGUCCAGCGACCUCAGUCCGCCUGCUUACCUGGCCACGGUGUUGAGGCAGUUCUCAGAGGUCGCGCGUGCGCGAGGACCGCAGCUGACCGAGUCGGAGCUGGAGAGGCUUUUCAACUGCAUGCUCAUGGGCAUCUUGACCGCCUGUGCGGACUCGGCCGCUCAGAUGCCCGAUGCCAGGGAGAGCAACAUCUAUAGAAUCAACUACGUGACGGCCCUCAAGGCGACCAUGGCGACCGUGUCGGCUCAAGCACCCGUGGCCCAGGCUCCGCUGGAGAGAGCAGGCCUGGAGAUACGGUCUCUUCGUGACGAGCUGGUCAAAGCUCUGACUACGCUGCUCCUGGACGACUCUGGCGUGAGGGACCUGUUGCAGGAACUCGACACGCGCCGAAGCCAGGAUGCGCGGACGCGACGGGCCUGGCUUGUCACGAACCUCGACGGAGCUGCGCAGCGUCUAGACGACUUCUUGUCGUCGGCGCUCAUGGAUGCGCAGGAUGGUAUGAAGAACUUGCUUGACCGCACCCUGGCCAAGGAUGUAGUGUCGGAAGCCGUUGAGAAAUUCUGCGCAGAGUUCGACGAGCUCGAGGGCAUAUUGGACAUGGUUGAUGUCGAGACUGGUGGCGCGGACGGAGAAGGGUCAGCCGGGCAUGCUUCCGACCAGGUCGCUUCGUUGAGGCAGUUGUAUCCCAGGACGGGAGCUGAAGUACGGGCGCUUCUAAGCUGA